AUGCAGGACUAUGAAGGCAAUGGAGUAUAUAUAGACAAUAAUGGCGCCUCUCCUUACAGUCAGCAUAUUUCUCGUGACCAUGAGAAUGAAAGGGACUCAUCAAUAAGCAGGGAUAAGGAGAGGGACAAAGGGCGUGAUAAGGACAGGGACAGGGAUAGGAAUAGAGAUAGAGACAGGGACAGAGUGAAGGAAAGGGACAAAGAUAGGCAUAGGGACAGAGAUGGGGAGAAGGACCGUGAUCGUCAUCACAGAGAUCGUCAUAGGGAUCGGAGUGAUAGGAGGGAGAGGGAGAGGACCAGAGAUAGAGAUGAAGAUGAUCUUCAUCGAAGUCGAGAUUAUGAUAGGCGAAGAGACAAUGACAAAGAUAGAGAGGAUCGACGUAGACAUAGACCUAUCUCAAGGGGUAGAUCUGAGCAUAGAUCAAAAUCUCGAUCACGGUCGCCAUCCAAGAGCAAAAGGAUAAGUGGUUUUGAUAUGGCACCUCCUACCACUGCGUUGUUACCAGGCGCUACUGAUGCUGCAGGUCAAGUUCCUGGGACUAACCCAGCAAUUCCUGGACUGUUUUCUAACAUGUUUCCUUUAGCAUCAAGCCAGUUUGGAGCUCUCCCGAUGAUGCCAGUCCAGGCAAUGACACAGCAGGCUACCAGACAUGCUCGGCGAGUUUAUGUUGGUGGACUUCCUCCUACUGCAAAUGAACAGUCUGUUGCUACCUUCUUUAGUCAUGUCAUGUAUGCAAUUGGAGGAAACACUGCUGGUCCAGGGGAUGCUGUUGUCAAUGUUUAUAUAAACCACGAGAAGAAGUUUGCUUUUGUUGAAAUGAGAUCUGUAGAGGAGGCUAGUAACGCGAUGGCUUUGGAUGGUGUCAUUUUUGAGGGCGGACCAGUUAAGGUUAGAAGACCCAGUGACUACAAUCCUUCGCUGGCUGCUACUCUUGGUCCUAGCCAACCGAGCCCUAACCUCAACCUUGCAGCUGUUGGAUUAACACCAGGUUCUUCGGGAGGGCUUGAAGGUCCUGAUCGCAUAUUUGUUGGUGGUUUACCCUACUAUUUUACAGAAUCACAAAUCAGGGAACUUUUAGAGUCUUUUGGUCAACUUCGAGGAUUUGAUCUGGUCAAAGAUAGAGAAACUGGGAACUCAAAAGGCUAUGCUUUUUGUGUGUACCAGGAUGUGUCUGUUACUGAUAUUGCUUGUGCAGCGCUUAAUGGAAUUAAGAUGGGCGAUAAAACUCUUACUGUUAGGCGUGCUAACCAGGGCACAACCCAACCCAACCCUGAGCAAGAGAGUGUAUUGUUGCAUGCACAACAGCAGAUAGCUUUGCAGAGAUUCAUGUUACAACCUGGUGCAUUAGCAACGAAGGUCUUGUGCUUGACUGAAGUGGUCACUGUGGAUGAGCUCAAUGAUGAUGAUGACUAUCAAGAUAUUUUGGAAGAUAUGAGGACUGAAUGUGAGAAAUUCGGAGCUCUAGUAAAUGUUGUCAUUCCACGUCCAAAUCCUAAUGGUGUGCCUACACCUGGACUAGGAAAGGUAUUUUUGGAGUAUGCAGAUGUCGACAGUUCCAGCAAAGCUCGGCAAGGACUGAAUGGAAGAAAAUUCGGUGGUAACCAAGUUGUAGCUGUCUUCUACCCGGAGAACAAGUUCUCUGAGGGAGACUAUGAGGCUUAGCUCUAACCACUAUAGUUAUGAUAGAUAACCUCCAGAGUGUUACUAUAUGGGGAGCUAUUGCAUGGCUUUAGAAAUUAUCACCUCUUGGAAUGAGGGAUUAUAGUCGCCUUGUUACCUUUCCUUUUUCUUUUUCCUUUUUGGGCUACGUUGUUCUGGUUUUGAAGUUUGUUUGUGUGGUCAAAGCUGGUGUAAAAUAUCAAACAGGAAUAAUUAUUGGCUUGUUUGUAUGUUUUUAUAAUUAUGUUAGUAUAGACCCAGGUUGUCAUGUACUUCAUUGUUCCCUAGCCAAGAAGAACAAUUUUGUUUGUUAGUGUAAUGUAUUGUUUUUACUUCUUCUAGUGCCGCUUAAAUAACAUUGUUCUAUUUGGAUGA